AUCGAGUUCCGUUCAAAACUCUCCUCUUUUCUCACUCUCGUCUCUCUCUCUUGAAGGCACGAGCGUCUCUCGUCUCUUCUCAGUUCUUAGUCUCUCUCUUCCAAUCACUUGACUUCAGCAGCAUUGAUUGUCUUAUAGCAUUAAAGUUUUUGUGGACCUUUCUUUACCCCUUCUUCACUAGUACUGCUCUUGGUAUAGCUAAAGAAGAAGAUGGAGCUAGAAGUGGUGAACGCAGAGUUAGUGUUGCCAACUCACCUCAGUUUCAAGCAGAUUCAAAUGUACGAGAAAUAUCCUAAAGGCCAAUCUAGAGGAAGGCACUGGAAACAUCUCAAGCAGAUCCUUCAGGCUGAGAAUUACCAGAAUUACCCUCCUGACGAACCCAACUAUGUUAACAUUGAGUCACCACCUUCUAUGCAUCCAUGCAAGAGAAUUUGUGAUAUAACAGGAUAUGAGGCACCUUACUAUGACCCCAGGACCAAUCUUCGUUAUGCAAAUGCUGAUGUUUUUAAGCUCGUAAGAUCGCUUCCUAAGGAAUAUGUGCAAAGUUAUUUGGCUCUAAGAAACGCAGCAGUGGUUCUCAAGUAACUUUGGACGAAUUUGGAUCCAACUUUCUAACUGUGUUCCCCCUCAAGAACAAUAUUGUAGAAUAUAGAUUAAUUAAAAAAUAUAUAUGAAAUUAGUUAGGAUAAUCCACUUUUUUGUAUAAUCCACGUUUUUAGGUAGGAUAAUCCA